UGAGAGGGCUCCUACAAGGAUGAAUGAAGUUUACUCCAUGUGUGCCUCCCAGCAGUGAAGAUGGUUCAGUUUAGAUACUUGUGUAGGGAAAUUUUUGGGUAGAAGUUCCACUGUAAGUGGUUUUAUUGGAGUAAAAUGUUGUCAUUUCAAUACAUAGAAAAAUAAAUCUAACUUAAGCACCACACAUUUAUUACCUACAGUAAGCAGAGCAUAGAAAAUGAAUAAGCAAAUGCUCAAGGGAGGGCAAAUACGACGACAAUUUAUAUUGCACCAAUCACAAUUCGACUGCAGGUUCGCUUUUAAACCCCUCAAACUUAUCUUCCGGUUCUGUACACAACGAGUGUCCUCCGUGUGCAUGAAUGAAGUAGACAGGGAUAAACACUUGCUUUCAAAUGAACGAAUGAAGAACUAAUGCGAAGGAAUCUCUUUCUGAAACUGGAUCUUUUUAAACAUGUACACCUGGCGGUGCUUUAUCGCCAUGAUCUUUGUGCUGGUUUGGUACUUCUCAGGGUUUGGACAAUUAUGGACACAGGCUUUGUUUUGCUUUUUAUGCUUUUUCAAUUUUCCUUUUAAAAAUCAAGACCGUGAAACAAGCACUCAGACGGAUAAUAUAAUUGAGGAAACGUCACGACAGACAAAGAAGGGUCAUCAUGUUGGUGAUGAGCUUGAUGCAACCAGACUAGCUCAAAUUAGGCCUCAGACAAUGCAAUAUCCAAAUGUACAGAGGUCACUUCUCCAGGUGUUUAAAUGUGCCUAUGCUCAUCUGGUCCAGCCUUGGUACACUGUCCCAGAACUUGGUGAUAGUCAGCCCUUACAUAGGGCACUGCAGAGGGAGUUCAACAUGGUUGUGGAGAAAACCAUUUGCAAGGCCAAGAAAUUUGAUCUCUCUGCAACUAGUGUGGGUUGCAUUCGGAUAUUCACUCAACACCUCCACAGAGCAAAGCAGUCAGAUGGUUCCCCAGUGUUCCGCUCGAGGUCUGAGGAAAUGGCAGUCCUUAGAAACUUCUCUGUGGCAUUGGUGCGAAACCUUUUCCCUGAGUACGUUUGGGAACCACAGCUCUACCAGUGCAUCCUAACUGAAAUAUUGGCUACAAAAGCAUUGGAUGUGCUUGUGACAUGCCUCUGUGAUCCAGACAACCUCAAUCAGAUGGUGGUUUUGCAGUUGGAUCGAGUAACCCCCAAAAACUCGAUUGGAGACUUGGUAAACUCUGACAGGGAAGGUACACCAUCCUCCACAGGAAGUGAAAGAGCAGAAGUAAUGACAGAUACAGAGGAUGGUCGGUCUGAAGAAACCAGAGGAAAAAAGAAGGGCAAUAGGAUCAAAGAAACAUUUUCUAAAUUCGUCGAUAAGGUAAAGUCAAAGAAGGCCAAAAAGAAAAAGCUCAAAAAUAAAGAGCAAGAGCUUUUACAGAGGGCUUUAUCAGCACGUAGAUCUGCUGUGAUUGAGGAUGAUGACGCAAGCAGCAGAGAGAGCUCCGUCAGAAGCCUUAUGGACUCUGAUAAUGACAGUGAUGUGGAUGUUUACCUAACAAGUCUCCAAGAGGACAUGGAGUUUAAGCUUUCCUAUGAGAUGUGGCGGGUGGGAAAGUGGGCAGUCCGUGUUACUAAUGUUGAAAAGGAAAAGAAGGAAUUGUGUUUCAACAUUCACCUGGAGGAGAGAAAUAAUCCGGAGAAUCUCCACUGGGAUGUGAAAAAGACGCAGUCAGAUAUACUUCAUUUUCAUAGUCUCUGGCAGGUGAGAGAAGGAAUGGAUACUUCAACUUUACCCUCUGUAUCUGCAGUAGUAGAGAAAACAAAGAGGGAACUUGAUGAAACAUACACAGAGGAAGUUAGAUCAGCCUUGGAACACUUGUUACAAGAAAUGAUUUCUGAUGCACAGUUUGGUCAUACUCGGCCUGUAUUCCAGUUCCUCUGCCCUCUUGAAAAGUUACUGAGUGAAGAGGAAGAUGAGGGAGGUGUGUGGGGACUUCUCAGUGGACUAGCAUGCUUCCUCACUCCUGAACACGAUGAGGAAGAGACUCAUAACCCCAAAGGGGAGGAAAAGGUUGAUGAAGAAGGAUCAACAGUACAUCACUGUGCACAGCCAGCCUGCUUUGACACAGCUGAAGAGCCAGAUUCGGGCAUUGUGGAUGAGCCAGUGGCCACAAACAUUAGGUUUUCUACCCCCAAUGGAGAGACUGACCCCUUCAGAAGCGAAGAUCCUGAUAUGGAAGACAACAAUCAAAUCUUUAAUGAAGCUAAAGAGGGUUCAGAUGGACAGGAGAGUAUAGCUGAGAGUUUGGACAUCUUUGUUAACAGGUCAAAAAUACUAACUCCUACAAUACACUCAAAUGAUGGCUCGAGCUCUGUCAUGAGCCAUAAUGAAGGCUUACAACUUUCUGACAAAGCUGACAGAGUUAAAAGACUCCAGUCUGGUGGCAAAACAAACAAAAAGGAAAAGUUAACUCAAAAAAAGUCAAGUGGAUUACAAAAGUUCAUGGGAAAAGAGAAAAUGGGUCAACUGAAAGAAGACGCAACAAAUCAGCCACCGGUACAGGAAAAGGAAUCCAGCCAGAACAACUGGGAACAACUUGAAGCCACCAAAGCCAUAUUUGAUUUAUUGAAGGAAAUAACUGGAAAUUAAACAACUUUUUGAAAAGUAUGAAUCCCACUGAAGCUCAGAUCGCGUCCUACAUUGAUAUUCUCAGGGAGAAGAUGUGGCCAGUUGGAAACGUACCCCUUCAGCCACCACGUGACAGUGAGGAGAAACAUGAAACC